AUGUCUCGCAUCCAGAUCCCGCUCGACGUCCUGUCGACGCGCCUCAACCUCAGCGACCGCCUGCAAGGCUUCCGCUCCGGUCCCCUUUCGGGCCGCUUCGCGAACCUGCGCUCCGUCUCCGAGUUCUUCGACUUCAAGCGCUUCUCCAAGCCGGCCAACUUUGGCGAGGUGCAGUCCCGCGUCAACUACAACCUGAGCCACUUCUCGACCAACUAUGCCGUCGUCUUCGCCAUGCUGAGCCUCUACGCCCUGCUCACCAACUGGCUCCUCCUCUUCGACAUCGUGCUCGUCAUCGCCGGCAUGUUCCUCAUCGGCCGGCUCGAAGGCCGCGACCUCGAGUUCGGCACCUUCCGCGCCACCUCGUCGCAGCUCUACACGGGCCUGCUCAUCGUCGCCAUCCCCCUGGGCCUCAUCGCUUCGCCCUUUUCGACGUUGCUGUGGCUCAUCGGCGCUUCCGGCGUGGCCAUCAUCGGCCACGCCUCCUUCAUGGACAAGCCCAUCGAUGAGGCUUUUUCCGGGGAGGCGGAACUCUACACGGACGACGACGACGACGACGACGAGACCGACACGCAGGACGGCGGGCUGUCCCUGCUGCGACGCAGCAUGCGCAUCAGCAGCGAUUCCCUUCAGUUCACGGGCGUGGAUUUGGGGGGGCAGAAUGGAGGGGCCGCUCCCUGGGGCGGUUACGGAGAAUCGGACGACGACGAGGGGGAGGUGAUCGACUCGGCCUCGAUCAGCGAGUAUGAAUACGACGUCGGCGGCGUCUACGGAGACGACGCCGACACGCCGGCCGUUCACGACAUGGAGGAAGCCCUGGUCCGGUCGGCGCUGCAACGCAUCGGCCGCGCCCGAGCCAAGGGCAGGGACGAGGUCAAGCUCAACAAGGAGGAGCUGGCCGCGCUCGACCGACGACGACAGCGCAUCCAGGAGGAGGAGGAGAGGCAGAGGCGGAACUCGGCCAUGGCCGGUGACGCCAGGAAAAAGGGGAGGAAGGAGCACCGCAUCGCCGUCCCCCUCUCGCAGGUGGCACCCAUUUCCCGCAAGGAGAGGUUGAGCACCGCAUCGAUACGCCCGAGGCGAGAAUCCUUUCCCGAGGGACCGGAGAUGCAAGCCUAUCCUCGGAUGGGCUAUUUCCCGCCUCCUUCGUCAUCCCGCACGCGGCCGCGGUCCGGAACCACGUCGUCGACGCCGCACAGUCGCCCUCACGAAGACCGUGCCUUCUCCCCGAACGGCCGCGACGAGGAGACGCACGCCUGGCCGAGCAAGCGGCACGUUUCCGAGUCCGGUCCUCGUCGCCACGCCUCUCGAGCCUCGAACCGCGAUGAUUAUUCUUCCUCGCGUUCUCAGGUCGACCCGUUUCAGUACCUCACCGGCGCUUCUCCGGCGUCCUAUCCCAACGUCGCUCCGGCGAGCUCGAGGCGAUAUGCUUCGGGUCCGGCCGUCAUGUCGUACGGCCGCCGUCGAGGGCUCGUCGCUUCGUCUCCAUCGUCUAGCCGACAGGGGUCCCAGCGCCGUAGCUGCGACGACCAGACCAGCGACAGCAGUCGGACAAGCGAGGGGACCGCCGCCGACGACCGCGGUAACGGAGUGCGCAUUCGGGAGCCGCCGGGGAGGGGAAGAGACGUGGGCAUCGUGGUCGAGGCUUCGCCGGAGCGCGGUUCGAAGACGCCGCCCAAGAAGAAGUCAUCGUCACCGGUCAAGCGAAAGCCGAUGCCGGGAGGGAGACGCAAGAAGAAGUGA